AAUCCCCAGCUGUUCGGACCUCCGCGCCCCACGCCGCCUCCUCCUACCGCACCGCCGUCGCCCCCUUUGCCCCAUACGCGGCAGAGCGUCAUUCCAGCCACCAGCAUCCCGAUCCCCAGGAGCAGCUGCCCUCGGACACCGAGCAGCUAGCCGGCGGCACCGAAGAGGAGGAGGGAGCGGACACGGAGGAGGAGCGAGCAGGUCCGUUGAUCGCAGUAGCACCACCAACUGCACCGGAAGCGGUCAGGGAGGGAGCAAAAGGAGCAGGCGGAACAAAGGACAAGCAGGAGAAACAGCAGACAGAGACGGAGAUGGCUGUGGUGCGCAAGAAGCAGGACGACAAGUACCUGCUGGCCCUGCGGGAACUGGUGGCCAGCGGUACGGGCGGCAACCGUCAGUGCUUCGACUGCGGCCAAAAGGGACCGACCUACGUGAACAUGACCAUCGGCUCCUUUGUCUGCACCCGCUGUUCGGGCGUUCUACGCGGCCUGACGCCACCACAUCGAGUGAAAUCCAUAUCGAUGGCCACAUUCACACAGGACGAGAUCGACUUCCUGCGCACGCAUGGCAACGAGCUGUGCGCCAAGACCUGGCUGGGCCUGUGGGAUCCCAAGAGAGCUGCCCACCAGCAGGAGCAGCGCGAGCUGAUGGUCGACAAGUAUGAGAGAAAGCGCUACUACCUGGAGCCGGCCAGUCCGCUCAAGUCCCUGGCCAAUGCCGUCAACCUGAAGUCAGCUCAGAGUCACUCCCAGAAUGGCCAUCACCAGCAGCAGCAGCAGCAGCACAAUGGCUAUGCCAGCAUUCAUCUGACACCGCCGGCGGCCCAGCGCACAGCAGCCAAUGGCCUCCAGAAGGCCAACUCCACAUCGUCCAACUCCUCCUCCUCGAUCAGCAGGCCGCAGCAUCAUCAUAAUCACAGCAGCAACAACAACAAUCACGAUGCCUUCGGCCUCAAUGGAGGCGGUGGCGGAGGACUGAGCAGCCUCAACAGCGCUGGAUCCACAUCCACGGGCGCCCUGUCCGACACCAGCAGCUGUGCCAGCAAUGGCUUUGGCGCCGACUCGGACUUUGUGGCGGACUUUGGAUCGGCGACCAUAUUCGAUGCCACAUCGGCACGCUCGGCGGGAUCGCCGGCCGUAUCCUCGGUCUCCUCGGUGGGCUCCAGCAAUGGCUAUGCCAAGGUGCAGCCCCUCAGGGCAGCUCACCUCCAGCAGCAGCAGCAGUUGCAGCAACAGCAGCAGCAGCAGUUGCAGCAACAGCAGCAGCAGCAGCUCCUUAAUGGCAAUGGACAUCAGGGCACGGAGAACUUUGCGGACUUUGAUCAUGCGCCCAUCUUCAAUGCCGUGGCGGCAUCAACGUUCCACGAUUGGGUCAGCAACUGGAGCAGGCGCGGCUUCCAUGAUCCCUUUGACGAUUGCGAUGAGCCGUCACCGCCAGCACCUGCACCUGCAGUUUCCGUUGCAGUUCCUCUGCCAACCGUCCGAGAGGAACCGGAACUGGCCUGGAACUUUUGGCAAGAGGAAAUGCGGAUAGAGGAAGAGCGAGAGCGAGAGCGGAAGCGGGAGCAGGAGCAAGAGUCGCAGCAGACAAUGAGUUAUUCCACCUUUAGUAGUCCACGCUCCUGCUCCUCCAGCAUAGCAGAAGCGCCGCCUACGCCACUGCCUUAUUCGCCCUCGAAUCCCUUCCUGCCCUACUUGGUGAACCAGGAGCAGCAGCAACAGCAGCAGCAUCAUCAGAAUCCUCCAGAGAAGCCACCUGUCUCCUUCUCGUACAUGUUGUUCAGCUCUAUUUCGAGCAGCUCCCACGAAGAUCAAUAUCGAAAUCAAGCGGCGGCGGAUGAUGGUCAAGAAUCGAAUAUUUUAAAUGCCAAUUUCCAUGAUUUCUUUACGUGGAGCGCUCCCUUGCAGAACGGUGGCAGCCAUGCGACGACAAGUCCUCCAAAGAGCACAACUGCCAUGGCACCCAGCGAGGAUCGGUACGCUGCUCUCAAGGAUCUGGACGAGCAGCUGCGCGAACUGAAGGCCAGCGAGGCCAGUGCCUCAGAGGCGCCCACGGCCACCAAUGGCCAUGCAGAUGCCUUUGGUAGUGCCCUCAACAACAAUCCAAAUCCCUUCAAGAACCAGCAGCAGCAGCAGCUUAGCAGCCAUGUGGUGAAUCCAUUCCAGCACCAACAGCAGCAGCAGCAGAAUCUCUAUGGCCAGUUGACUCUCAUACCAAAUGCGUACGGCAGCAGUCCCCAGCAGCAAAUGGGGCAUCUCCUACAGCAACAGCAGCAGCUCCAUCAGCAGCACCAGCACCAGGCCAACUUCUUCAACUUCAACAACAACAAUGGCUUUGCCCUCUCCCAGGGCCUGCCCAAUGGCUGUGGCUUCGGCAGCAUGCAGCCGGCUCCGGUGAUGGUCAACAAUCCCUUCACAGCCAGCAGCGGCGCCAUGAACACGAACAAUCCAUUCUUAUGAGACUCAACAGGCCGGGAGAAUCCGCCACCGCCACUGAGCCGGCACAGGCACUGAGCCAGCGAACAAAAGGAAAGGGCAGAGGACGGAGCCGAACCGAAAUUAGUCCAUUUUACGAACAAUAGCGUUAAUAUAUAUUAUACAUAAUACACGACGCCGGAGAGGGGUAGCAUUCUCGCUCUCCGUGUACAUAGCUUAAAUAUGUACACGCCGAAGGCUCCGCGCGGGCGUUGAUAUAUUCUUUUACAUGGUAACUCUACUCUAACGUUUACGGAUACGGAUACUGAUGUGGAUAUUUGUAUUUACACCCGUUGCCCCCAUAGAACUAUGUAUCUCUCUUUCUACUUGUACUAAGCGACCACACACUACACACCUUCUACCAUCUAAAUAUAUCCGUCCAAGUGACGGAUAAAGUUGGAAAAAUAACUCGCGAUCCCGUAUAUUCCAUGUUAUUUGUUUAAUAUGCUUGUCCUCUGUAGCCUGUCCUCCCACUUGUCCCUGUAUCUGUCCCUGUCCCUUUUUUUUGUCAAUUUUUGUUGCGAUUAAGACUUUUGUCAGUUAUUAAUUGUGUGGCCUUAAUAAGAUUGUAAUACUAUAUAUUAUAAAACUAUUAUAAACACGUACUAAACUAAACAUAACACAGAUACGGAUACAGAUACAGAAUACGGAUAUAUUUAUAUAUAUAUGCUUUUGUACCUAAUGAAUUUGCUUCUUGUUUUCAUUUGCUAAAAUCGCUGGCAAUUCGCGUGCUAAGAUAUAUAUGAACAUAAACAUGCUUGUACGUGCGAUAUCGGGCAUUGCAGAGAUAGCUGAAGACACUAUAGACACUGUACAGAUAUUGUCUUGGCUGUAAGCCCCGUGUAAGCCCCGUCAUUAAGCCCAGUCCCCACCCAUCCAUCGAACCGAAUCGAAUCCAUGACUCCUCCACAUGUAUACAUUGAUAAGAAGCAAGAAUUUUUCCAUUUUUAGACUUAACGUGUCAAACAAACAUUAUCAAAGCCUUAAAGUUAUAUUUAAACUACGAAAUUUCAAUAAAACAAAUAAGAACGCUAAGCCUA